AUGGCUCAGGCUUACAUCAUUUUGAGAACACUUACAGUGGCACAAUGGAAAAAUCUGCAAGAGAGUUCAGCUAUUGAAUAUUUCAGAUUUGCGAAGUUACGGCAAAAUGGAGGUGGAAGUGGAGGUGGAAGUGGAGGUGGAAGUGGAGGUGAGGGUGGAGGUGAGGGUGGAGGUGAAGGUGGAAGUGAAGGUGGAGGUGGGGGUGCAGUAGGGGGUGAUUGUGUUAUCCGUGCAACAGUAGCGCAUACGUCAUUUGGGAAAUAA